UUCUCCCGGACACGGUUUACACCCGAAAACUUCAAGAUUGUGAAUUGUAUAAUGCCGAACCAUGAAAAUGUGAAAUCUCUUAUUAUUCAAUCAAAAUCGUAAAUUGUGUUAAAAAUGAUUGAAAAAAUAGGCAGCCACGGUGUCAUUUAAUAUGGAAACUUAUCAUUACUUCGGAUUUGCGAUUUCUCAGUUUGUACACAUCUUCUUCCUUACGGUUCAAGGUCAAUUCGUGAUCAACUUGCAAGAUAGCAUUUACAUUAAAACCUUCGAAACGUGCUGGUAUGGAGGAAACGUCAAGACGCAAGCACUAUUCGUUUUGAUUCAACGCAGAAAUCUGACACCACCUCAACUGACGGCUGGCGGACUGGUGAAAUUGAAUUUGGACACUUUCGCAGAGGUCGUAAAAGUGUGCGUCUCAUAUUGUACUGUUCUGAGGUCUGCGUAAACAAUGUAAUUAAAGCAAGUGGAUUUUUACACGCUACAUGAUAAUCAAUUGAGGAGUACAUACUUAAAUAUUGAUAUACAUGUAUAGUUUAACUAAUAAAUGGAUGAAUCUACAUCGUUCAAAUGUAUGCAUAAUUUGUGAAAGUAUAAUCAAGCACAAAAGCAAUAAUUGUAUUCUGUAUUGAACAGACAAUACGUAAAACAA